AUGGGACACAGCGCACCGCAGUUGAAAGACCAGUCUCUCUUCAUUGAGAAGUCAUACAUCAAUGGCGAGUGGGUAGGAGCCCAGUCCGGCAAGACCUUCGAGGUCCACGACCCGGCCACUGGCAAAUUGAUCGGAACAUGCCCCGAACUCGAUACCGCCGACGUUGAAAAGGCGAUCCAGGCCGCCUCCGAGGCCUUUCCCAAAUUCCGCACAACACUCGGCCGCGAGCGCGCGCGCAUGCUGCGCAGGUGGUACCAGCUGAUGAUUGACAACGCAGAGGAUCUGGCAAAGCUGAUCACAUGGGAGAACGGAAAGCCCCUCGCUGACGCAAAGGGUGAGGUGAACUACGCCGCCAGCUUCUUCGAGUGGUUCAGUGAGGAGGCACCCCGCACGUACGGUGAUACCAUCCCGGCCUCAGUGCCCGGAAACCGCGUGAUGACCGUGAAGCAGCCUGUUGGUGUGUGUGGUCUGAUUACGCCGUGGAACUUCCCUGCGGCGAUGAUCACCCGCAAGAUUGGCCCUGCCCUGGCGGCGGGAUGCACGGUUGUGGCCAAGUCUCCUCAGGAGACACCCUUCACUGCUAAUGCGCUUGCUGAGCUUGCGCACCGUGCUGGAAUCCCCAAGGGCGUCGUUAACAUUGUCACCUCUUCUCAGAACACCCCUGCCGUGGGCGAGCUUAUCACAACUCACCCAGAGGUGCGCAAGGUGUCAUUCACCGGCUCGACUAACGUCGGCCGGAUCUUGAUGAAGCAGUCGGCCUCGACUAUCAAGAAGGUCUCUUGGGAGUUGGGCGGCAAUGCCCCCUUCAUUGUCUUCGAUGACGUCGAGGACCUCGACGCAGCCGUUGCCGGUGCCAUCGCGUCCAAGUUCCGCAGCUCAGGCCAGACCUGCGUGUGUGCCAACCGCAUCUACGUGCAGAAGGGUGUGUACGACGAGUUCUCCAAGCGCUUCGUGGAGAAGGUCAAGGAGUUCAAGCUCGGCGGUGGUUUCGAAGACGGCAUCACCCACGGCCCGGUCAUCCACGAGCGUGCCGCUAACAAGGCCCACGAGCAUGUGCAGGACGCAGUCUCCAAGGGCGCCCAGAUUGUCGUUGGUGGCCAGAAGGCUACCGCUCUCGGCCCCAACUUCUACCACCCUACUGUUCUUACCGGCAUGAGCAAGGACAUGCUUCUCGCCAGCGAGGAGACUUUCGGUCCUGUUGCUGGUCUCUUCCCCUUCGAGUCUGAGAAGGAGGUUGUGGACCUGGCUAACCGGGCCGAGGUCGGUCUGGCUGGUUACUUUUUCAGCGGUAAUGUUCGCCGCAUCUUCCGUGUUGCUGAAGCCCUGGAGGUCGGCAUGGUUGGUGUUAACACUGGUCUCAUCAGUGAUGUUGCCUCUCCAUUCGGCGGUGUCAAGCAGAGUGGUUUCGGUCGUGAGGGCAGCAAGUAUGGUAUUGACGAGUUCAUGACGAUCAAGAGUGUGACAUUUGGCGGCAUGGGUGAACCCCUGCAGGAGUAA